CUGAGAAUUGCUUUUGAUUUUUCCACAGCCGGCCACCACCCAUCUCGUCUGAUUUGGGGCCUCGCUGCACUGCAGAGUGAAGGGGGACUACACCUUCCCAACUCCCUGCCACCACCAUGUGCUACGGCAGAUGCGCGGGGUGCAUCGGGCAGUCUCUCUUGUGGCUUGCCAUCUUGUGCAUUGUGGCUAAUAUUUUGCUGUAUUUUCCGAAUGCGGAGACAAUAUAUGCCUCUGAGCAACAUCUCAGCCGAUUCGUGUGGUUUUUCUCUGGCAUUUUCGGAGGAGGCUUGCUGAUGUUGCUGCCUGCAGUAGUCUUCAUGGGAGUGGCUGAUGACAACUGCUGUGGCUGUGGGGGCAACAAAGAAUGUGGCAAGAGCUGUGCGAUGCUUGCUUCUGUACUGGUUGCGAUCACGGGACUUGCUGGAUCUGGCUACUGUGUCAUCGUGUCAGUCCUGGGCUUAGUGGAGGGACCAAUGUGCCGGGAUUCAUCUGGCCAGUGGAGCUAUAUCUUUGCCAAAACCAACGGAAGAUACAUUACAGAUAGCUCCACGUGGUCCCAGUGCCUUGAACCCAAGAACGUUGUGCUUUGGAAUGUCUCUCUGUUUUCAAUCCUCCUGGGACUUGGUGCACUCGAAUUCAUCUUGUGUUUCAUUCAAGUAAUAAAUGGAAUGAUCGGAGGCCUGUUUGGCUGUUGCUGUGCUCACCGUCAACAGCAGGUACAUAUGCAACUGGCAUAGAAUUGAAAACUCAAAAUAAAACCACACAUAUAUGGUCAACUGAUCUAUGACAAAGGAGCGAAGAAUAUACACUGGAACAAGGAAAACCUCUUCAAUAAAUGGUGCUGGGAAAGUGGAUUGCCACAUGCAAAAGAACAAAACUGGACUACUAUCUUAUACCAUGCACAAAAAUCAACUCAAAGUGAAUAAAAGAGUUGGAUGUAAGACCUGAAAUCAUAAAAUAUAUAGAAAAAACCAAAACACUCCAUGACAUAAACUUAAGAAACUCGAAGCAAGGAAAAUUAAGGAGAAUAUAAACAGCUGGGACUAUAUCAAAUUUAAAAUCUUCUGUAGAGGAAGAGUACCCAAAGCAAAGAUACUGAAUGAGGCAUCCAUGAGAGGAAGGAGAGGGCAAGGUGAUGGGGAGGAGUGAAAAUGGAAAAAAAAAAAGAAUAAUGUAAUUAAUGUAAUCAAGUAUGCAUGAUUUUAUAUA